AUGAAGGCAGUAAUAAUUUGCAGGAAGCUUGUAUGGGCAUCUGCACCAAAUCCGCUUGAAGACGAGAAUGUGAAAAGUUUGGCUCAGAAAUAUUCAAAAACUCCGGCGCAGAUUUUGCUCCGCUAUGUGAUGGAUCGAAACAUUGCCAUCAUUCCGAAGUCCGUCAAUCCAUCUCGAAUUGUUGAAAAUUUCCAACAUGCGAAGCGUCUAUUCCAGAACGAUGCAUUCGCUGCCGAAAGGAAGCACUGA